AUGGAUUAAUAGCACUAACCCAGGAAUAAUAAAAAACGAUUAACAAUUUCGAAAGAAUUGGCUUAAAGAAAGUAGAGCAUUAUUUAGUAAUUUUAAUGUAUUAAAUGAUUUUGAUUUUGAUUAGCCGGCACUCAAAUAGUAAAAUAAGAUUCUUCAUCAAAAUUAAUGAAAUAAGAAAAAGAGAAUAGAAAAGAAUCAAUAGAUUCAUCCUUAAAUUCUCGCUCAUCUUUCUUGAAAUAAAAAAAGUUUAUUAUUUGCUUUUAAAAGUAGAAAAAAAUAAGAUAAAGAAAUAGAAGGUUAUGAAGAGUAUAAUUUAAAUUCAUCUGAUUAUUCCGAAGAAACUAUAUUAACAAUUCAAUAUGUUUCUUAUGAAUCAAGAAAAACAUCUAAAAAGUUUAUAGAGAGUCUUAAUGAAAAAACUCAAAAUAUCAAUACCGAAUUUGAUUAAAUGAUGAACGAAUUAGAUCAUAAAGAAAAAUUGUUGAAAAUAGCUAAUCUAUUAGCAUUAGAGUAAGAAGAACCAUAAGAAAAUGAAAUAGCUUACAAGAAGAUUAUUAAAAGAUAUGAAAAACAAUACCAAAGAAAUCCUUUUCAAGAUCCUUAUUAUAUAUAACUAGUACCACUAAAUGGUUUAAGCAGAUUAAAUUAUGAAUUGAAGGUAUAUUUAAUUAUAUUAAUAAGAAAUACUAAGAUAAUGUAAAAUUUUUGUAGGUUCGCAAAUAUCUUGUUUUUAUUUCUUUAGUAUUACCUAUCUUAGUCAAAGGAAUGAUGAAUACAAGAAUAUACAAAAUGUUGAUGACAAUUUUAAUAUUAUUUAAUGUUGUCUUAUUUAUAGUUGUUAAAACUUAGCAUAGAGAUGACACAUUUGAAAUAGAAUAGGUAGUAACUAUACUAUUUAUAAUUGAAAUUCUGAUGAGAAUUUUUGUUUCAGGAUUUUUUUUUACAAAAAAUGCAUUCUUUCGAAAUAUUUAAGAUAUUUAUGAUUUCACAUUGAUAUUUGCAACUACAAUCAAUCUUUAUUAUCCAGAGAUAUUUAUAAUAGAUAUUUCACCAUUAAGAAUGAUUACUUUACUUUUUUAUUUAGGAGACAUAUUUGUUGGUUUAGGAGUUAUGCUUUUAGCUCUUAAAUAAUCAAUAAAAUUUUUAUUGGAAGCUUUGAUGAUUGUUGGACUCUUUUCUUUAUUCUUUGCAAUAUUUGGGGUAUUUCUAUUUUAAGGAUUAUUCAAUUUCAGAUGUGAGUAUGAUAAUGGUGAUGAAACAGAUGGUUGGAUUCAAUGUCAUUAAAAUUAAUGUUAUGAAGAUGGCAUGACAUGUAAAUAUACUGAAGAAACUCCAAAAAUGCCAACAUCAUUUAAUAAUGUGAUAUAUUCAUAUGGUUAAAUAUUAAGAACUAUAACAAUGGAUGAUUGGAGUUGGGUAAUGUUUUUUACUAUGAGAAUAUUUCAUCCUUAAAUAUGGAUAUAUUAUUUGUUGAUUAUAUUUGUGGGUGGAUUUUUUGGUUUUAAUUUGGUUAUAGCUGUGUUGAAAACUCAUUAUUCAGAAGCAGCUGAAGAGAGUGAAAAACAUUAAGAAAAAGCUAUGAUUGAAAAAUUAAUAAAAGAUAACCAAGAAUAUCCAGAGAGAGAGUUAGUGAAUGUAUUUGAUGUAGCAUUCUUAAGAUAUAUUGGGUUUUUUGUAACAAUUUAAAAAUAUAGAGAAUCAUUUUAAAGAAAAUCUGUUCUUAGUUGGAAUUUGGAAUCAGAAGCUUAGAUGAAUAAAACAAUAAUUGAAGCUAGAACAUUAUCAGCAGCAUAGAAAAAAUUAAAUAAUUAGUUUGUAAGAAAAUAAAUGAUAUAUUAUAGAAUGUAGAAAAUUUAAGUUUUUAAAAUAAAAUAAGGGAAUUUACUAUGAAAAAUCUUUUAUUAACUAAGUUUCGUUAAUUGAAAUAAUAAUAACAAAAAAUUAAUAUUAAAAAGUAUUCAGAUGAUCCACUAGAAUUAGAAAUUUUAUAAAAGUUGUAAAAUUUAUCAUAUUCAUGUUUAUAAUCAUAAGUGAAUUAUUAAAUAGAAUAAAAGUAUACAAGUUAACAUGAUAUUUUGUUAAAAUUUAUGUAAUUUUAUUUUAUAAAUUAGUGAAAUUGAUUUAGCAUUAUAAGAAGAAAAGAAAUUCAAUCCAGAAAAAAUGAGAAAGAUGAAAUUUAAGCAUUAAUAUCCUGAUUGGUAGACUUAAGUAGAAAAGAUAAAGAAAUAGGUUCAAAGAUCUAUUGAAAUAAAGAGGAAUAAAUUUCCUUAUAGAUAAAAGAAAAAUAAUAAAUGGAAUUCUACCAAAAAAAUUGAAGAUGAAAAAGAACAAGAAACUAGUAAAAAUUCUUGUGAUGAUUUUGAAAGAUCUCCUGAAUAGAAACUUAAUUUUUGUUUUGAAAAGAAUACAUCAAUUAAAAAAAAAUCAAAGAAAUUUUCAAAAAUAGUGAAUGGUGAAAAGGUUAUUUAUGUUCAAGGUUAUUAUAUUUCAUAUUAAGAAAUUAGUGAUAAAAUUAACAUAAAAAUACCAAUUAUAAAAAAUAAUUAAACUAGCAAUUAAUUUAAAUAUAGAAAAUUAAGGGAAAAAGAAGUUUAAAAUGGUAAAUUGAUUAUUUCAAGUAAUUGGUCAGGUAAAGAUGUAUUAGCUUUAAAUACAAAGAAAUUAUAGAUGUUUAGUCAUAUUUUCCUUUAACUCAAUAAAAAGGAUGUUUUAAUUUGGAUGAAAGGACUUAAAGGAAUUAUAUUAAAUUUUAAUAAACAUACUAAUAUUAUAAUUACAAGUUCAACUAGUUAAACAUUUUUUGACUUGAUAAUUUUCAUAAAUUUUACAUUUUUAGCAUUAUGGAAUAUUGUGGAUUCUACAACUAUUCAUUCUGUAGAAAAUGUUUCAACAAUUAUCCUAUCAUUUGAAUUGAUAUUAAGAUUAAUAUCAAUCCCAAUAAAAAAUUUCACUAAUAAUCCUAAUUAUUUGAUAUAAGCAGCAAUUGUUAUAUUGAAUAUUAUUGAAUUAACUAUUAAGGAUCUAUUAAUUGGUUUAGGAGAAUAAAACUUAAGAUUAAUAAGAGGUACAAAAUGCUUAUUAUUUUAUCGAUGUCUUAAAUAUAAUGCUAUGGCUGUUAAAAUAGGACAUAUAGCAUCAAUGACGUUUAAACAAUAUAUUUAUUUAACAUUUUUAAUGUUUUUAGUGAUUUUUAUGUAUGCUUUGGUUGGAAUGGAGAUGUAUGCAGGUAGGUUUGAUUAAACAGAUUCUUUAGGAUAAUUACAUUCAUAUGAUAACAUAUUUAAAGCAUUCAUGACUAUAUUUAAUAUAAUGACAAAUGAUGAUUGGUAUGGAGUUUAUGUAAUGGGGAGUGAUAUAAAUUAUACUUUUGCAGUAAUAUAUUCUUAUUCAAUGGUUAUCAUAUUGAAUUAUUUAACAUAUGGUCUAUUUAUGGCUAUAUUACUUGAUGGUUUUGGGAAAUAUCUAAAUUAAUCAAUUGAGAAUACUCAUCUUUUUAAAUCUGAAGAACAUGCUUAAUUGACUUAGAAUUCUAAUGAAGAAUUAGAAUAAUAAGUAUAUUAGACAAUCUUAAGUCCUUAAGCAUCUUAAACUAAUAUUAUGUUAGAACGAACUUAAACAUAAGGAAAAUCAAAGGUUGGUCUCAUAACUAAUUUCUUUAAAUCAAUAAGUAUUAAUUAUAUAUAAAAUUAACUUAGGAUCUUUAAAUAAAGAAUUACUUAAUAAAUCACCUAAACUUUAUACAGGAAUUGAAUGUUAAACCUCUCUUUAUAUUUUUGAAAAAAAUAAUUAUUUAAGAAUGAUGUGCACUAAAUUAGCUACAUCGAAAACAUAUAUUUAUUUUAUGGAUUUAGUAUUGUACACUUCAUUAGUUACAUUCAUAAUGAAUACAUAUUAUGAUUAUGAAGAUACUAACAAUUUAGUUUGUGAUUAAAUUCAGUUAAUAAUUAAUAUUCAAAUGUUUUUAGAUAUAUUAAUAAAUAUUAUAGCAAAAGGAUUAUUUUUAGAUAAAGGAUCAUAUUUUGUAUCAGUAUGGUAAAUUUUAGAUGUAAUUUACAUAAUUUCACAUUUCAUUACUUUUAGUAAUUCUUCAGAUAAUUAUGCUCCAAUUUUUGAUGUUUGUUUAUAUUUAGGGUAUUUAAGACCAAUGAAAUUGUUAUUUAGAAUAAGUUGGUUAACUUAAUUAAGAAUUGCAUUAGGAUACUCUUUAGUAGAUAUUACAAAUGUAUUGAUUACUAUGUUAGCUGUUUGGAUUAUGUUUGGAGUAUAUGCUAUUAUAUUGUAUGAAGGAUAAUUUGGAUUUUGUGAAGAUAAAAUGAAUUUUAACAUUAAUUAUGAAUAAUGUAUAAAAGAAAAUAGAAAUUGGGUUAAUUACAAACAUAAUUUUGAUAAUAUAACAGUUGCUAUUCCUUCAUUAUUUGUAACAUCAACAUUAGAUGGAUGGGGAGAAAUAUAUUAGAUUGCUGAAAACAGUUAAUCAGCAAGUAUUGGACCAUAAGCAUUUAAUAGUUAUGUAUACACUUACUUCUUUUUUAUAAUAUUUGUCUUUAUAGGUUCAAUGUUCUUUUUGAGUUUAUUUACAGGAGUAUUGUAUUCAAAUCUAAAAGAAAAUUAAUAAAAAAUAGAAAUGACAGAUGAGACUUAAUCUUAAAAAGAAUUCUAAGAGAUUGCAACUAUCAUAAUUAAAGAUUUUCCAAUAUUCAGUUCUCCUCCAACAAAUGGUAUUAGAAAAUUAGCAUCAGAUAUUACUAAUAAUACAUAUUUAUUAACUUGUAUGUAUUUAUUUUUAAUAUUGGAUUUAAUAAUUUUAUUAUUAUUUGAAUCAGAUAUGAGUGAAGAAUAUUUUAGAUCUGUAAAUAAUAUACAUAAUGCUUUGACUAUUUUAUAUGUGAUUUGGGUGAUUUUGUUAUUUUUGGCUUUGGGAGCUGGUAGAUUUUUUGAUAAUUAUUGGAGAAGAUUUUAUUUCUUUCUUAUAAUAGUAUCGAUAAUAGAUUUUAUAGCAGAUUAUUGGAUAGAUUGGAUUAUGAUCUAUUAUAAAUCAACACCAUAUGAUAGUGGUUAUCAAUUAUUAAGAUUAUUUUUCUCUUUAAGAAGUUUAAGAGUGAUUUUGAUAUUUUAAGGUCUUAUCAAUUUAUAAAGAUUAAUGAGAGUGAUGGUAUUUGCUUUGCCUUUUUUAGGAAAGAUAUUUACAAUCUUAAUGAUAGCAAUGCUUAUUUUUGCAUUGAUUGGAUGUUAAUUAUAUGGUUAAAUUGAUAGUGGAGCUGUAAUGGAUGAUCAAAUUAAUUUUCAAAAUGUAGCUUAAGCACUUCUUGCAUUGUUUAAAUGUGCUUCUGGAGAUGAUUGGAGAACUAUAAUGACAGAUACUAUGCAACAUAAUCCUUUAUGUUUAGAAGAUUCAAAAUAUUGUGGAAGUGUUAAUAAUUAAUAUUUUUUCUUUUUGUUCAUGCUUUUGUCAAAUUACGUAUUGUUAAAUCUCUUUGUUCUUGGUCUUAUUGAAUAAUUUGAAUAAUUCUUUUAAUUGUAAAAUUCAUUAAUUUAAACUUAUGUUGAAAAUGUAGAUAAGAUCAAAACUGUAUGGUGUAAAUACUCUUCAGAAACUCAAGGCCAAGCUAUGAAUUAUAAGUUUUUAUGCAAGUUCUUAUUAGAUAUAGGCAAACCUCUAGGAGGUAGUAAAGAAGAGAAUCUUUGGGAUGUAGCUAAGUUAGCUUCUUCAUUCAAAUUAAAAUGGUAUAUAUCUUAUUAAUUUUAGUGAUCAUUAUGGUUAUAUAUAAUAUAAUUAAUUGAUGUAUGAAUUAUUUAGAAGAUGUUUUAUCAAUGAAGUAUUCAGAGAAGGUACUGAAUCUUCAAUUGUUAAGAUUAAGUAAUUCAAUAAAGAAAUGUAGUUGAGAUUAAUGUACUACAGAAAAAAUAGAUUAUUAGAGAGAACAAAUAUUAGUCCUAGUAAAUAAUUAAAAGCUAAUUUCAAUAUUUUACAUGAUUUUUUGACUGUUUUAAUACUUUUUAAAACUUGGGAAUCUUAUUCAAAAUUAGUAUUUAUUAAAAUUGAAAAAGAAGGUAUAUUUUCAGAUAGUGAUGAAAUCAACAUUUAAAAUGAUAAAGUUAGUAGACAAAAGUAUUUUUAUAUUUAUAUACCCUAGUUUCAACAUUUAUGAUUAUGAGGAUGAAAUGUCAGAUUCUGAUAAUUUAACUUCAAAUCAACAAAGUAGAUAAUUAUCUUAAAUGAUUAAUAAUACUAUGAAUCAAAUGUAAUAUAGCAGUAGUAUAAGAAGUAGUCCAAAAAGUUAAAUAAAAAACAAUUUCAAAAAAAAUAUUAAAGUCAAGCAAAAAAAGAAAUAUAAUUAAAAAAAUAGUUUAAAUGAACGAAUUCUUGAUCCAACAGAAUAUUUUGGAUAAAUAAAACAUUAAACAACUUUACAAAGUCAAGAAGUUUAAGAAUAAGAAUAAUUGCCUAUUUAUAGAAACUAAUUUGAUCUCUCUCUAUAAAACGAAUAUCAAUAAGGUACCUUAUUAAGUGCAAGAAAAAAAUAAUGA